UUGUUCCAGUGUCAGUGGCGUUCCUCAUUCUCGACUAACCAAACAACACACAGUGAGAUGAGGCGAUCAACAUCCACAACCAUUACUCCGGCGUUUCUUUUCCAUCAUGCUGACACAGAACGCGCACAUUUGGGGUUGUUUUGAUGCCCGUUAGUAUUUGGUGACCCGCAAUCCCUCCGCUCUCCUGCAUAUCUGUUAACAAAUGUGCAUUUUUUUGCACGUGUCAGAUUCAGAUUAUUUGACGCACACUGGAUCAAUAAGAGAAGUUAGGUACUUUUUAACUUGUUGCUCGGUGAUGCUUGUGUCCUGUUGCGCAAGAGGAUGAUUCAUGAGCCAUUUGUUAUACAUAUAAUUUUUGCUUCGAGGUAUUUGACUGGCAAAAGUUGCUUUAGGAUGGGCUCAAGGAACGAGAUCCAUUCUCAACCUGCCGUACAGUCUGCGCAAUUAAGUUAAAUUGGACUACUGGAGAUACCCAAAGACGCAUAUCGAGAGUUGGAUGUGGACGUUCUUGGGUCCAAAUACGUGUACCUUUAUCAGAGUAAAAUUAUAUUGAUUUCCUAACCAACUAAUACUGGAGAUGUCGGAGUCUUACGAGGACGGGGUGUGCGGAGAUGGAGCUCCGGACUUCAUCCCACCGAGAGCGAUUCGAUCAGGCCGGCGGAGUGGAGUCAGCGUGCCGCUGGUGGAGCGCGAUGAGGCGGCUCUCCUGGAGUCAGUGAAAAUGGCACCGAGGAGGAGCAGCAUCAUUAAGGACCCUUCAGUGGCCAAGGUCAGUGGUGGGAGGAAGAAAACGGUUUCCUUUAGCAGUAUGCCAUCAGAAAAGAAGGUGAGCAGUGCUGCAGAUUGCCUUGCUUUCAUGCAGGGUGGCUGCGAGCUAAAGAAGGUACGACCCAACUCACGCAUCUACUCGCGAUUCUACACUUUGGACACGGAGCUGUCCUGCCUUCGUUGGGAACCCUCCAAGAAAGAUGGUGACCGAGCCCGACUUGACAUCUCUGCCAUUCGUGAGGUCCGCACAGGGAAAAGCACAGAGACCUUCCUUCAUAAUGGCCCAUCGGAUCACCUGGCUGAAGAAGCAGCCUUCUCCAUCAUUCAUGGUGACGAGUAUCAGUCUCUGGACCUGGUUGCUCUCUCUGCCGAUGUGGCCAAUAUCUGGGUGACAGGGUUGCGGUACCUAUUGUCUCACCCUGGUGCCAUUGGAGGAGGGAUUGGAGGGGAUGGAGGGGUGGGAGAGGCCAGCAUUGGAAGCAAGAUGAGGCGGAACUGGUUGGCGACAGAGUUUGCUCUGGUUGAUGAGGAUGGACACGGAAUUGUGUCUGAAGAUACGGCAGUGGCCACCAUCUGUAAACUCAGCCCUGGCAUUAAGGAAGCAAAGGUGCGUUUACGCUUUAAGGAAAUUCAGAGGAGCAAAGAGAAGCUAACAUCUCACGUUACCCUGGAAGAGUUCCAGGAGGCCUACUGUGAGUUGUGUACACGACCUGAUGUCUAUUUCUUGCUAGUGCAACUCUCUAAAGACCGAGAGUGCCUUGACGCUCAGGACCUGCGUCUGUUCCUGGAGACGGAGCAAGGUCUGUCAUUGGCCACCACUGAGGGCUGCUUGGAGCUUCUUCGCCGCUUUGAGCCCUCUGCAGCUGGACGUGAGCGAGGUUUACUGGGCUUGGAUGGCUUUACCCGCUACCUACAGUCAGCUGAGUGCCAGUUGUUAGACCCUGAGCAUCAGAAUGUGUGCCAGGAUAUGAAGAUGCCCCUGUCUCAUUAUUUCAUCAGUGCCUCCUACCGCUCCUACCUGCUGGAUGACCAAGUGCAUGGCCGGGCUGAUCUUGGGGGGCUCACUCGGGCCCUGCAGGCUGGCUGUCGGUGUCUGGAGCUGGGGGUUACCGAUGGGCCAGAAGGGGAGCCACUAUUGGGUGUAGACCAUGGUACAGAUGGAAAGCAUCUUCACCACCAUCAUCAUCACCACCAUCAUCACCAUCAUGGUUCUGUUACUCUGCGCAGUGCCCUAGAAGUAGUCAACAAGUAUGCUUUUCUCACCUCCCAGUAUCCUCUGCUGCUGUAUCUAUGCCAGCGUUGCUCACCUUCCCAGCAAUGUACUCUUGCGCAACACCUAAAAAAGGUUUUUGGAUCCAAGCUCUAUACCCCUGAAUCUCUACCUGUCAGUCUGGGAGGUCGCGCAACCACUUUGCCCUCUCCAGAGCAGCUAAAGGGUAAGGUGCUUCUUGUCGGAAAGAAGCUACCUCCAGAAGAGGAAGAUUCUGAAGGAGAGGUAUCUGAGGAGGAUGAGGAGAUUGGUGGCGGUGGUCCACUGGCUGGCCGAAGGAUGACUAUCCCUGGGGAAGAGGAACUAGGGGUGGUCCUUGUUGUUCCCCCACCCCCACAGCCAAGGCGCCUCCGUUUGCGGCGUGAAUUGUCCGAUCUCGUUGCAGUUGCUCGUACCGGAAGUCGUAACUUUUAUGCUUACCGGGCGAGUACUCAGCAGUCCCAGCAGCAUUCUCCCCCUUCUACUCCUUCUACACCUGGUACACCUAUGACCCUUGACCCCCCCUGCUGGACCCUGUGCUCUCUCGGGGAAGGGGAGGCAGGACGGCUGGCUAGCGAGAGCCCAGAGGAGCUUGUGUGCUUUACCAAGCGCAAUCUAACCCGUGUCCGGCCCAGCUCAGUAAGGCUAGACUCUAGCAACCCAAACCCGCAAGGCUACUGGAAAGGAGGUGUGCAACUGGUUGCGCUUAACCAACAGACACCAGGUGCCAUGCUAGACCUGACCCGUGGCCGUUUUAUGCAGAACGGUGGGUGUGGAUAUGUGCUUCGUCCAGCAGUCAUGCGAGAGGAGGUUUCCUACUUCAGUGCCCAGUCACAAGGCUGUGUGCCUGGCGUACCACCGCAAACACUCAGGGUGAAGGUCAUUAGUGCCCAUAGUCUACCCAAGCCACAAGGCUCUGGUGCCAAAGGUGAGGUCAUCGACCCAUAUGUGGUGCUGGAGCUGCAUGGUGUGCCUUCAGACUGCACAGAACAGAGAACUCGCACUGCUGCCCAGAACCAGGAUGACCCACUGUUUGAUGAAACCUUUGAGUUCCAGGUGAACAUGCCUGAACUAGCCCUGCUGCGUUUCGUAGUUCUGGAUGAUGAUUAUAUAGGAGAUGACUUCAUUGGCCAGUACACCAUCUCCUUUGAGUGUCUACAGCCUGGUUACCGCAAUGUGCCCCUUAUGGGCCUCGCUGGAGACCCUUUGCCCCAUGCCAGCCUGUUUGUACACGUCGCUAUCACUAACCGCAGAGGUGGGGGAAAGGCCCAGAGACGGGGUCUGUCCGUCAGGAGAGGAGCGCGGCGUGGAAGAGAGUACGUCACCCUGCGUAACACGGGCAUCAGAGUGCUGGAUGACACUUUCCGCCCAGCCAGCGGACCUCUGCGAGAGGCUACAGACCUGCGAGAGGAUGCGCUGAGCGCUACAGUGGCUUUUAAAGAGCAGUGUGGGCUCCCCCCGAUGGCCACACCGAAGCAGUGCAUCCAGAGCUUGGCCACGAGGUUGCAGACUCCAGACGGGCCCCCAGGGGCCACACUCAUGCUGAAGGAAGGUUACCCGUGCCUGGAACCUGUGGGCAACUUGACUGACGCCACUCGUAAACUGCUAAAUGGUUAUGACACGAUGGUUUCUGCUAACAGACAGCUGAUUGAAAAUGCAGAUGGAGUGCAGGAGAGAAUCGCACAAGUGCAAAAGGAAGGAAUGGUGCUUCACGAAGACCUGCCCAGGUUAGGAGAAAAGGAAAAUCUGAAAGGCCGUAAACAAAGUAAAGCUGUGGAAAGUUUCACUUGGAACAUCACUGUGCUGAAGGGUCAGUGUGACCUCCUGCGCAGUGCUAAGAUAGAUGCUUUGGAUACGUUGAGGCAGCUGGCAUUGGCCUGUGAGGCAUCCGGCCUGAUCAUGAUCUCUGACGGUCCGUACACCCCUCAUGGCCUGUCCUCCAGACGUGCCAGUAGCCAUGGCAACGGUCGCAUCUGAGCCCCGGAGAGACACAGGGAUUGAGAGAGCAUAUAUUCAUAGGUGAAUGAAUGGUUGAAUGUUGGACAGACAGAAAGACAGAUGUAUAGGUGGACAGAUGCAAGUAGGGACAUUUGUCCUUUAUUGCAAUUGGUGCUUGUUUUUAGCACAGCAAGCAAUUAGAGGACAAAAUAAGGAAUGUUCUUAUCAAGACCUACUGAAUGAAGGACGUAAGAGGAAUUAAAGUAAAUUCCUCAGCGAUAUAAAAUGGCUAAUGUCAAAAACGUAGAUUUCGCUGGAAUGAAUAUCGUUCCUGAAAUAUUUAAGAGGACUUUAGUGUUUAACUAAAAGUAGAGAAACAUUCUUUCGAGCAUUUUAGAAAAAUGUAUAAACCUAAAACUGAGUGGUUUCCCUAGUUCGUGACUAAACCACCAAAGUGUGAGGUUUGUUUACUCAGGUUAGCACAAACACAUCUCAGAAGCAAUUUUUGGAGGGUCUACCGAGGGUCGGUCUGCAUCACCUCUGUGCUGUCACUCAAACUGAUUGACAGGUGACGUCCACCAGCAGGACUGCACUGAUUCUGCCCCUAAGCCCUAUCCAGCCCAGCAUGGAUGUGAUCAUUCCGUUGGAGGGAACCAUAUCCUCAUCUUCCGUCUUCACCAGUGACACGGAUCAUUUUCAACUCAUUAACAAUGCAGAAUGAACUCAAGAAGGCUUUGUUAAAAUACUGCUCAGUGCUCCCUAACAGUGUUAACUGAGCCAGUUGCUCAAUUGGACGACCUGUACCCAUUACACCACAUUUCCUUGUAAUCCAUACAGAGUUCAGCACCUGGGAUUCGAACAAUGUUUGGAACAAAUCAAUGAAUUACAUUUUGGGUCAAAAGUGACUUUAUUCACAACGUACAUUCGUUGAUUGGAUAAAGAUAUUCGAAGACAAACUGAGUCCACUGGCAGGGUCGUUGUGUUUUUUUUUUUUUUGUCAUAAUGAAGACAAAAAUGCUACUAAACAUGGAGGAUUACUGCCGGAUGUUUGAUUUAAAAAAAAAAAAAAAAAAAAAAAACUAUUAUAAACUGCUUUAAGCACUGAGAGGACUAAAAUAGAUAAAAAUCUAAAGUACAAACUGUUUUACAACUUUCAUUGUGUAACAUUUAACAGUGUUGUGAUAGACAAGGAAAACGUUGGCAGUAUUUUGUCUACUGCCGUCAAAGACACUUACAUAGACUAGGUUUUGAAGUUUUCUUUCCAUAUAUUAACAGAAUAACAGAAAUUAUUAGAUAUGUGAGAUUGGAAAACUAUAUAUAUUAUUUUUCUUAUGGUAGACAAGUAGAAGUGUUUGUACGUUGAGUGUGUUUGUGAGUGUAUGUGUGCAAGGGUGCUAAUGUAAAUGUUUGAGACGUUUCAGUGGCACAUGUUCUGAAUGUGACCAAUCUGAUGCCCGAUCGAUUCGGGCGGUGGAUUUUAAACGAAAACCUGAAUAUUGGUUGAUGUCAAACAUUUUAUUUUAGAAGACCAAAUGAGCAUUUUAUAGUGAAUGGGUGUGCAAAUUGAUAAAGAAUGGCACAAGAAAAAGCAUAGCAUUUCCACACAAGCAGAAUUCCUGUUGUCCUGUUUUGUGUUUCCACAAGACUUUUAUUCUUCUUUUAAACUCUUUUACUCUACUUUGUAUUCUUCUCUACUACUUUUAUGUAUUUAAUUUUCUCUUCCUUUUUCUGUGCCCUUGUUCUCUUUCUGACUGAGGGGGUGAACGAUCCACACGUCCUGUGACUGUUUGUACACGUACAUGUCUGAACUGAAUGUGUACUGACUCCUAAAGUGUUCCUUAAAAAACAAAUGGUUUGCUGAAGAGUGAACAAAAUUUUGUGAAUUAUAUAAGAGAAAUGUAGAUAGUAUAGCUUUAAGCUACAAACAUAGUUGUCCUCUUUAUAAUGUCAAUGCGUGUGGCGUGUGUGUGUGUCUAACACGUAACCCUUGUUCCUCUGGCCACUGGACCUGCACCCCGAGGAUACGUGUACCUGCAAAAGGGUCAAAAUCUAAAUAAUGAAUACCCAUUUACAGUAUUAGCUUUCCGUUUCAGUUUAGAUGGCUCUUGAGAGCAAUCAGACAUGAGAAGUGAGUUGUCUCACUUUAGACAGGUACAAUUACUCUUAUGAGCAAUCGGAUACAAAUACAAUGCGUCACUGUCCGUAAGGGGUCGAUGACGAGCAAAAUGAACCCCAUUGAGGUGCACUUUAAACUAAACAGAGCAAUCCAUUUGGACCGGUCUAUUGAUUCCUGCAGUAUUAGGUAGUGGUCAACAUCUCAAGAUGGUGCAAUAUUACUCCGCUGUUUGACAUUAAACAUAAUGACUAGUCUAAUGAGAAGCAUUAAUCCAGCUGUCUUAAUUUCCUGUUUCUGCUUUAUUUUCCGUGUGUGCUUACCGUGCGUUUGUUGUGUCUGCCUUUCCUCUGACUCUUAAAAAUGAAAUCUGUUGUUUGAAAUAUUGUUCUGUCACAUUCUUGUUAGCAGUUGUUGUCCUUGUAUAAAUGGAGAGUAUUUAUUAAAGGUGACAAGCGUGCAUUAAACAAAGUAAACUUCAAAGCAAUGUUGCUUUUAUUUUGAAAUGAUGGUUUGUAUUUUAUAACAUUAACAAGCUGAUGUAACACAGAUGUGCCCCAGACUAAAUAAAGCUAUCUUUUACUGA